CCAUCGCAUCCUGGGAACACUUUCACACUCGCUUCAUCAUCCGGCAUUCAUUUGGGUAGAUUUGCUCGUUUUGCGCAAGCAGCACACCUACUUAGCCAGGCGCUCGAGGCCAUGAGAGGCACGAGGGAGACAGCACAACUGCGCCGCACUAUUUUCGCGCUUGCGAUCCUCUCUGAGACGGAAGAAAACGAAAUCGGAUCUGCAUUCUGCACCCAGAUGGCAGCGUGCUAUAGCGCAAUACUUCUGCUCGAGUUCACGCCCAUUCUCACAAGUGAUGUUAGUGGACGAGAGCUGCACAGGGCGGACAGCCUGAUGUCGACGGAAGCUGUUUCUGCGCUAAAAAGCGCUGUUAAAAUGGUCCAGGAUUUCUUAGCAGGACGAGAAGAGCGGAAAUGUGACAGGGUCUCUCCUUUCAUCUUGCACUUCAUAUAUAUGGUCGCAACUCUGUACUUGAGGAUGGAACGCACGGAUCAGAGGGGAGCUAUUAUGGAUCAACAGGAUAUUUGGAAACGGGCGUUGCGUGUCCUCAGUCAUCGGUGGUCAGCUGCAGGAGCUUAUCUUACGCUGUUGGAGAGGCAUGAAGUCUUCACCCUCUUGGUAUUUCAAUAA